AUGGAUGAGAUUCAGAAGUGGUGGAGAAUGUUAUGGAGCCUUCAAAUUCCCCCUCGGAUGAAGCUUUUCAGCUGGCGAGUUUGCAACAACUGGCUGCCUGCAAAAACUAAUCUGAAACACAGAGGUAUGGACAUAAAUACUUGCUAUGAUAUAUGUGGCAGGUAUGAGGAAACCCUUACACAUGCUUUAUGGAACUGUGAGAAAGUGAGAGGCACUUGGAAACUCUGUUCUUGGUACAAAAACUGCUCUAGAUUAGGGGCAGGUUCCAUGUUUGAUGUGUUAAUGGCCAUAAAACAGACGAAUACCAGGAACGAUUUCAAAGACACUAUCAAAGUGAUGUGGGCUAUAUGGGAAAACAGAAAUAGGAAGUGGCAGCAACUUCCUUAUAUGCACGGUCAGCAAUUAUUAAACUGGGUUUUUUCUGCCUACCCAAAUGUGCCUAAAACUGAAAGUGAAUUAUUGCAGCAAGAGGCAGAUGUCACCACCCAUGUGAAGAAGUGGAUUCCCCCUGCUAACAGACGCAUCUGUGUCAACUGUGAUGCAGCAGUUGUGGACAAAGUUGCUGGUAUGGGACUCGGCUAUAUCUGGCGUAAGAAGGAUGGACAAAUCCUUGCUGCUGGUCAGAUUUAUAAAGAUGGCAUAUGUUCAGCCAAGAUGGCGGAGACUUGGGCGAUCCUGGAAGCACUGAAGCAUCCUCCAGCUGAGGCUAUUAGCCAGAUUGAAGUUCAAUCGGACUGCAAGGUGCUGGUGGAAGAAAUCAACAAAUUGGAGCAGUAUCACUCGGCUGAAAGCAACCUGCUGCAUCAAAUCCGUAAUGUGCUGGCCAAGUUUCAAGAUGUAAAAAUCAUUCAUCUAAAAAGAACCAAUAAUGAGUGUGCUAAUAUGUUAGCUAGGAAUUGUCUAUUGGACAAAAACACUCAAUUUUUUUCUCAUUCUUUCCCGGAUUGGUUAGCCAAGUUUUGUAAGGCUGAUCAUCCAAAUAUGUUGUAG